AUGGAGGAAGCCAGACGAGUCUUGGGAAUUGGAAGCUCUGGAGAUAGGAAUGCUUUUAAGAACAACUGCAUCAAGCUAUUGGCCGAUGAAAUUGAAACCUCCUUAUAUUAUGGUAUGAGCAAAGGACUGUUACCACCUAAGCCAAGUAAGUGUAUUGUAUUAACAUAAUGAUUAAUCGACCUAGGCAGUGCUUAUGUCACAGUUUUGAAACAUAUAAGCAUGAGGUUAUUUUUCCCUACAUGUUUCCCACAUUGCAUUGCAAUUUAUUGUUUGGCACUGGUUUGAUGUAGGCACUUCUAAGGUCUGAUGUAUAGGGCAUGUACUAACACCAGUUUUAGUGUAUUCCUCCGACAUUUAAUUGGUGACAAUAUAAUACAGGUGACAGUAUGAACAUGGAUGGAUCCAGCAGGGUCAUGAUCCAGGGAUGGAUCCAGCAUGAUCUGGUAGGUGGGUGCUCUGGUGCCGACUGCCGAGUUGUGUCAGUCAUGCGUGCCGCUCGCCCAUCAACUACUGUAUUUGAAUUGUUGUUCACAGUUCACUUAUCAUCAUGUUAUUACUCAAAUUACUGUAUCUCAUUUUGUCUCUACUACAUUUUUGUUUGAUCAAUGACAAUCGGCUUGUAUUUGAUAGGGUAAUUAGCACCCCAUUGGAAUCCAUCCCUGAGUAUGAAUAGGGUUCAUAGCUUGUGUAAGUGUAACUGUGAAGUGCAUCUAUGUGGAUAAAUAUUGAAUCAGAUUAAUUUUAUUUGAUUAGAUUCCAAGAUCAUGCAUGUCCUUCAGAACUUAAAUUUAAUUUUUGGCACAAAGAAGCAAACGAAGAAACUAAUGGACUGGGUACACCAACUAAGGUUUGUUUUGUUAUUACUAAAAUGAUCAUGAGCGCAGUGGCGGACACUUCACAAAUGAUGCAUGAUGUUAUUAUUCCACAGACGUUUGAUUUUCAGGGGUGAUGUGGUUACAUUCAUACCACAUUCUCCCAAAGAUAGCUUAGUUUAUAGCCUACCAAUCCUGUCAUGGUUGCAAAUUACUGUUACAGCUUUGUUACUGUUACUGUUACACAGUUAUUCAGCUAUCAUUUGAAGGUUUUCAGAAAUUACAACAUUAAAGUUAUGAUUAAGGAGGCAGCAAUAAACCAUCUAUCUGAUGAAGUUAAAGUCCACAAGAAUAAUCCAGGUUUUCUCUGGAAAAUAAUAAAUAAAACUAUACCUGUAAAUGAGAAGGAACAACAUAUCUACGCGAAAGACCUCAAGUCGAUUGUUGAAGACUUUAAUAACUACUUCACCUCAGUUGGAAAAAUCACUGCUGCUACAGCAUUAGAUCUGGCAAACAAAAACAACAUUGCACUAUUGGAUCCUAUGUUGAACUCUGAAAUCUAUCCCACGGUUCAACAGUUUAAGUUUAAACCUGUUACUUGUUCAGUAAUUUGA